GAGCACUCAUGUUGGACCGACAAGGGACGUGGGGCUCAGGCUGGAAAGUCCCGGAGGCGUUGGAGACCCUUUCAUUUGGAGGGAGGUGGAGAGUGGGAGAUCCUGCUCUUCUCCCCCAUCUGUGCCCCUCCAUCGGUUUAUAUAAGAGUGUGUGUAUUUGUUUGUUAUGGAAGUCUUCGCUAGUCAGGGGAGGCUGGGAAUCAACUGGCCGUGGAAAGUCCCCCUGAGUCCAUAGAACUGUAAUUUCCCUCCCUUCCUAGUUAAAGAUUGUGCAAUGUGCGUGUGUGUAGUUAGGGAAAUGGGGAUGGGUAAGGAAAUCAGGCUGUGUGCGUGUGUCUGGUUAACCAGGCGAAGGCUGGUCUGUCAGGUUUUUGUCUUGGGGGUGGAAAACAGAAGUAUCGGCGUCUCACUCUCCCGUCUCUUCCCACCCGAAUAUUCGUGGAAUACACAUUAUAUAGGAAAAGGAGGGCAUCUAAAGGACUUCCUAGCAAACCACACGAGGGAAUUUGUGAAAAUGUCAGAAAAUCUCCCUUCCGUCCUCAACCCCAGCCCUCAUUGGUGCUGGCUUGGCUUGGCUUGGCUUGGCUUUGUUGAUGAAUCCUGCAAAGGGAAGGGUGGUGUAAGUGGGAUAUGCGAGGCCAUCGUCGCUGCCGGGAAGUGAAGCAGCUUUAAUCCGUUCCCUGUCAAUUGGGAUGACUCCACUUGCCUCCUAGCCCUCCCUCGUAAGCCUUUACUUUCAGUUUCUUGUCUGUCUAUUGCCUCCUUUUCCGGAUGAGGCUUGCAUAUGCAAAUCCUUGCCAAACGUCGGUUAGACGGUUUCUAUUAUCACGGCGCGUUCUUUCGUGGCUGUGAAAGGCAGAACUCCUCCAUCUUUUUCCCCGAAUUAACAAAUAAAAAUUAAAAAGCGAAACAAACAAAAUCCCUCUUGUACCGCAUGGCUUACAAAUAUUUUCCACGUCUACCAAGAACGGAUGUGGAUCACUGGCCUCUGCACGUGAUUGUCUUUGAAGGGAGGAGGGCUGUAAAUGUGCCCUGACAUGUUCCCUUUUCUGUCGGAUAUAGGGUCUGAAUUAGCCCAGUUUGAGUUGGCGAUCCUUGCUUAGUGGUUGCAUUUUUACCUUUGGGAUGCUGGAAUCUGAAUGGAGAUUCUCGCUUCGUCUAACUGACUUAGUAACUAAAAGGAAUCGCCAGUAGAUAGCUUCUGGAAGGGGACGGACUUCUGAUCCCAGUAUUGAAGAAAUUUAAUUUUUGGAACUACUCUACCUAGUUCAUUUCUCUUAACAUUCAGCAUUGCCAUCAUUUGGAAUAUUUACAUACUUUGCCAUCAGCCUUGUAAUCCUUCCAGGGAAUGCACAAUGACAUCAGCAGUAGUUGACAGUGGAGGUUCAAGUUUGGAGUUUGACAGCAAUGGAGUACAAAUUCAAGGCAAGGAGAAUGAACCAGUCUCUGAAUAUCCAGCAGUGAUUGUAGAGCCUGUACCAAGUGCCAGAAUAGAACAAGGAUAUGCUGCACAGAUCUUUGUUUAUGAUGAUGAAACUUACCUGCUACAAGAUGUUGCAGAAGAACAAGAAGUGGAGACUGAAACAAUAAAAACAGUGGAAGCAUCUGUUCAUGGCAGCAAUGUGCACUGUUCAGAUAAGACAAUUGAGGCAGCAGAGGCCUUGCUUCAUAUGGAAUCACCAACUUGUUUAAGAGAUGCUCGAACACCUGUGGAGGUUUUUGUCCCACCUUGUGUGUCAACUCCAGAAUUCAUACAUGCUGCCAUGAGGCCAGAUGUGAUUACAGAAACUGUAGUGGAGGUAUCAACUGAGGAGUCUGAACCAAUGGACACAUCUCCUGUACCAACUUCUCCAGAAAUUCAUGAGCCAAUGAAAAAAAAGAAAGCUGGUCGUAAGCCAAAAACCCAAGUGCCAUCAACUAUUACCAGUGCAUCUCCAGACUUGGGUAUAAAAAAGAAGCCAAGAGAAGGCAAAGGAAAUACAACUUAUUUGUGGGAAUUCCUUCUGGAUCUGCUUCAGGACAAAAAUACUUGUCCUCGAUAUAUCAAGUGGACUCAACGGGAAAAGGGCAUUUUUAAACUUGUAGACUCAAAAGCGGUUUCCAAACUGUGGGGGAAACAUAAGAACAAGCCUGACAUGAACUAUGAAACAAUGGGAAGAGCUCUGAGAUACUAUUACCAAAGAGGAAUUCUGGCAAAAGUGGAAGGACAAAGGCUUGUAUAUCAGUUUAAGGAAAUGCCCAAAAAUAUUGUGGUUAUUGAUGACAAAAGUGAAUGUGGCACUGAAGAGUUAUCAAUCCCCACAGAUGAGAAAUCAUUAGAACGAGUUUCGUUGUCAGCAGAAAACCUCUUGAAAGCAGCAACCUCUGCUCGUUCUGGAAAAAGUGCUUCUCAGUUGACUUGUGCAAGAGCAGAAAAGCCUGUUACCAGAAUGGUUAAUAUCUCCUCACCUGGUCAUGAAAUGUCAUCUUGUUCUCCCACCACUACUACUGUUCCAGCAACAACUGCUCCAAGAACUGUUCGUGUGGCCAUGCAAGUGCCUGUCGUAAUGACAUCCCUGGGACAGAAAAUAUCGACUGUUGCAGUGCAGUCAGUAAAUGCAGGGUCACCAUUGAUCACCAGUACAAGCCCAACAACAGCAGCAACCCCAAAGGUAGUUAUCCAGACAAUCCCUACAGUAAUGCCAGCAUCUGCUGAAAAUGGAGAGAAAAUCACAAUGCAGCCUACCAAAAUAAUUACCAUCCCUGCUACGCAACUUGCACAGUGCCAGUUGCAAACAAAAACUGGCUUGCCUGGGACAGGAAGUAUUAACAUAGUUGGAACCCCACUGGCUGUGAGAGCACUCACUCCAGUGUCUAUAGCCCAUGGGACCCCAGUGAUGAGACUGUCCAUGCCUGCUCAGCAGGCAGGUAGCCAUACUCCUCCAAGAGUUAUUAGUGCAGUUAUAAAAGGUCCAGAGGUCAAAUCUGAAGCAGUAGCUAUAAAGCAGGAACGAGAGGUUAAGACACUGCAACUUGUGCAAGAAGAAAAGCCAGCAGAUGGAACCAAGACGGUUACCCACGUAGUGGUCGUCAGUACACCUUCAGCCAUUGCCCUCCCUGUAACAGUGAAAACGGAGGGAAUUGUAACAUGUGACAAAUGAAGAAAAAGCACCUAUGAACAUUAAUUGCAUAGACCAUUGUGGAAAUAAGCAAACUGACAUAUUAGGGAGGCAGGGAAAUGGAUACAAUCAAGAAGUAAAAAACUGAGUUUUUUUUUAAAAAAAAUGUUAAUAGUUAUGCAUAUGUUUGAAAUUUACUGGAAGAGAAGUAAUGUCCCAUGUUUCAGUGGGAAUUGAACCACAUCCACACACUGACAAAAUUGACUCUUGCAAGCUGGGAAGCUACUAAACUGAUGAAGAAGGACAAUUACUGGGACUAAUGAGGGUUCAAGAGGUUCACUGCAUUACUGAGUUACACUAAGACAUGGAACACUAAGCUGAUUCUGUGAGGGGUUCUUGGUUUAUGUGUAUUGCGGGGGUAUAGGAAGAGUCUCACUGUUACAGAAGACAAAUUUGAUGCAUUUUAAUAUGCAUACCAGCAAUUACUACUGUGUACUCACAGUAUUCUACUGGUGCUAUGUGAAAAAUCUCUGCUACUACGUAUUCUAGAAUGUGAAUUAAAGGAGUGAAUUAAAGAGCUUCUGAAAGAAGAUGAGGGAUUUCUGUAUCAUACAGCUUAAGCAGAUUUUAAAAUGAAAGCCUUAGACUGAUUUUCAGUUAUCUUUCUUGAAAUAAGCUAAUGGCUUGUUUGUGUAAAGCAUUUUUUAUUAAAACAAUUUUUUAAAAAUCUUAUACCUAGCACAGUAUUGUUAUAGAAUUACUUGUAACAUAUUUUGUAUGGUAGUCAAGUCUGUCAGUUUCUUAAUUGUGGGCAAAAUGGCCAUAGGGUUGUUUCAGCCUUUUGCAACACCAAGUUUGGGUCACCCACUUAGCCUCAACAUCUGUGCAUACAUUUCAAUUUCAACUUCUGCUCUGUCACUUGAAAGGUCACACUUGGCAUGAACUCUUGUCAGGUAGCUAAAACCCUGUACAUUUUUUAGUUGAGGUUAGAGGGGAAGUACCAGUGUUCAGAAUGAACUAUAAUAGUUUGUAUAUUCAACAUUUAAAGUAUAUUCUAUUUUGUUGUACUCUUGUUUCAAAGUGUAUUCAAGUAGGUUUUACUGAAAUACAAAGAUGAAAUUUAA